AUCUUGAUCACUUUGAUUACUACUCAUCACCAUUUUUCACCAUCACCAUGACCCCAAUACAACUUGCUCAGGAUUCAUUGUAUACACUGUGCUCGAACCUCACCUCCAGGCGUAACACUACUAAAAUCCAUGGUGAUACUCGCCGAGCUUGCGUUGCUAUCAUUAUUCGCUGGCGUCGUGGUCAAUACGAUCGUACGCCCAUUGAUGGAUCAAAAAAAGCUCAAAACUGGUUGGAAUUCAUUCAAGACAAGAUGGUCCAACGAGAUGGAGGGUAUCCUGAAGUCCUCUACAUUCGCAGAGCCAAACGCUCGGGAGAUCCAUGGUCUGGCGAUAUGGCAUUCCCAGGAGGACGUAAUGAAGCCGGGGAGACUGACCAAGAUACCGUUGUCCGAGAAGUUCGAGAAGAGGUUGGAUUGGAUCUUGAUUCCGACGACUAUGUAAAGCUCGGAUGUCUAGACGAUCGUGAACUUACUUCUCUACUUGGAGGCAAGCCGAUUAUGAUCUUGUCAACAUUUGUGUACCUACAAGUUGCUCCAGAAUCUCCUCAAAUCACCCGCCAAAAUUCAGAAGUAGCUGCCACAUACUGGAUUCCGCUGCAUCAUUUUCUCAAUACAAAGAUCCAUAUCUCCAGUCCCAUUAAGCUUCCAGUACUACCAUUGUCACCCAAAUUGCCCUCGGUCUUUGGCACUGUUGCAAUGCCAAGUAUGAUCGUACCGGUAAAGGAAGAAAACAUCGUACUCUGGGGACUCGCACUGACCAUGACUAGUGAGCUUGUAAGUUAUACCCAAAACACAAAAGAGAUCGCCAGGCACGGUCAUGUAGUACCACUGGUCCGCAUGACCAAAGCCUACCCAAAAUUGUCGCAAUGGGACUUGGAUGGAUUCGUCAGACUGUUUUGUUUUGCCAGCACAGGCUGGCGUGUACUCAACGGAGGUUACCAUUCUAAAAUUUCAACGUCAUGGGCCGGCGGCCCUUCUAUACCUGAUUACUAUGGUUCCGUACGACGGGCUCUGUACGUUGUUACCGCUCUUAGAGCGACUGCAGGUCUUACAGCAGGCGGCUUUUUGGCACACAGAAUCAUCAAAGCUGCGUAUGGCAGAAGCUAGCCUCUUUUCCUUCCCACCGUACCCCCCCCAAAAGCUGCAAAUGAGCUGACCCAAAGUGCUCACCUUUUAAAAAUACAUAUCUUUCUGUGGGCUUGGGUCUAAAUAUUCUCAUGCAGCUUAGGAACCCAAACUCCUAUAUACCUUGUCUAUACUUAUUUCUUGCAGAUAUCUUGUCUCUAUUAGUUCAAUAUUCCCCUCCCCCCAUUUUUUUCUCACAUAAUUUACCAAAUUGUCG